AUGAAAGUGAAUAAUAUAGUCCAAGUGUCGUUGUGGCAACAAACAAAACUUCACAUCCUUUGUUUUAUAUACGGAUUUUACUUGAUAUUAAAGUGUUUGGUAAAAUGGACAUGGCACCGUAAAAACUUAUUUCGUUUGCAUCAGCGCGAUAAACCGCCACCUUGUCUUGUCAAUAAUAAUCUCGGUGAACAUUCUUAUGUCAAAUUAAAGGGUAUAAAACUUCAUUAUGUAGAAACAGGAGAAAAGUUUCAACCAUUAUUAUUAUUACUGCACGGUUUUCCCGAUUGCUGGCUGUCUUGGCGAGAGCAAUUGCCAAUUUUAUCAGAGCACUACAGAGUGGUCGCUUUGGACUUGAAAGGGUUUGGUGAUAGCGACAAACCGACCAGAAGGCGAUCAUACAGAAUAGAAGUUUUAAUUAACGAAUUACAACCGCUUGUCAACCAAACUUUGCUAAUAGUAGGCAACUCAGACCCCUUCUUUUCUCUAGAGAGCAUCGUUCAUAGCUCAGAAUAUACUUCAAAGUCCAACAUAAAAGUUAUCAAAGGCGCGCAACAUUUUCCGCAUCAGGAAAAACCCGACAUGGUCAAUCAAGUAAUCCUGAACUUUCUUAUAGGACCUCCGGUACCAAGUGAGAAGACUAACGGUAAAAGCAUCGUUUCAACGUGGCUUGGUUCUUUGAGCAGCACUGUAAAGUAUGGAAACCAAAUGAUUGAUGCUGUUCAUAAAAAAACUAAUGAUGUUGUUAGUCAUCUACCACAUAAAGUACCCUAUCUUGGUCAUACGACUACCUAG